AUGGAUAAAGAAAAAGGUGAAUUGGUAACAAAAUACACAACGCUUAAUUCUGAGCUUAGUUCCGCCAAGCGUGAAGCUGUCAAACUUAAGAAGGAAUAUGAAGCCAUGGAGAAGGAAGCUAUAGAGUCACGUCGUCUAUUAGAAGAGCGCAUUUCUGAGGAUAUCAAACAAGGUCAGGGUCGAAAGCUUAUGGAUCAACAUAUUCAAGAGCUAAAGCUCAAGGCUGCCACUCAAGAAGAAGCUCUAAAUGCCGAGCGAGAAAAGUUCAAAGGAGAGACAGCUGCUAAGCAAUCUCUUAUCAACCGUCUACAAGCUGAAAAGGAAGCACUUUUGGAAAAGGUGAAGAGCUUUGGUAAUAGCGAGGAAGAAAAGAUGAGCUUGAUGAAAGAGCUUGAGAUCGAGAAAGCGAAAACAAUCGAAGUCAAAAAGCUAAGGAUGGAAAUCACCACUUUAAACAGUAAGCUCAAGAGAGCUGAAAAUACAAAAGAGGAGACAAUAAAAUCAGUAAAUGCUCUCAACAUUCAACUUGCUGAGAAACAAGAUAAUGUACAACGGUUAGAAAAGCAAAUCGCCAAAGCAGAAUCCAAUAUGAAUCCUUUGACUGUAGAAAUUGAGCAGCUUAAAGCGCAGCUUAAAGACCAUAUGGACAAACAAGAAUCUUGGAAGCUCGAAAAGACUAGAACCUCGAAAGAGCUAGAUACUCUUCAAAAUCAACUCUCUGCUGUCAAGCUGGAGAAAGAGAAACUACAAGCAGAGCUUUCCAGCAAAAAAUCACAAAUUGAAAAGCUACGAGAGUCUAUGGCGGCCGAGAUCCAAUCUCAAGUUUCAAAAGUUGUUCAGGAGAGAGACCAGUUGGCAGCUAGCGAGAGAAAGGUUAGAAAUGACUUUGAAGAUAUCUGCCUCAAGCAUGCUACGUUACAAGUCCAUAAGGAGAAAAUGGAGAGAGAAAUUGAAGAUUUGCAUCACGAUAUAGCCCGAGAGAAGAAGGCAGCUCUUUCCGCUGAAAGGAUGAGAAGUGCUUUGGAGGAACAGCUAGCUUCAGUCAAAGAUUCUAGCGAGACUGAACGACGUUCUAGGUCCGAAGUCGAAGUGAUGAAGCGCAAGCUUACCAUUUCGCUUGACUCGGCCAAACGACAACUUCAAGAAAGAACUGAUCAGCUAUUGGCUUUACAGAAGAUUGUUAAUCCCAGAUUGAGUAGAAGUAGUUCGGUUAGUUGGGAGGAGGCUAGCAAGGAUGUGCCAGAAUUUGUUGACCUCGCUCAAAAGCUGGAGGAGUCCGAAAAAGCUCGCAAAAAGGCAGAAGAGAGUAAAGCAUUACUCAAAGCCCAAUUGGAAGAUGCUAAACAAAGAUGGGCCAAAACUCUUGACGAUAAGGACUCUGAGUAUUACGCCAGUAGACGAGCUCUUUUAGAAGAUCUGGCAAGCAUUGCAACCAAUCCGUCUACUCCUCCUACACCAGUAAGAGGAAGUCCAACUAAGAGACCAUUGAGUUCUAAUCUGAGCAACGGCAAUUUCCAGGUUCCAAAAUUUGAUUUAGCUUCUGCUGACCGGUCAGUGGCAAAUAAAGAGAAUACUUCGUUAUCUGCCGGACCAGAAGUCGAUAUUAAAGGCAAGAGUCAGAGCGAAAUCGAAAAGAUUCUAUCGACUCUACAAUCCUCGAAGAAUGACUUGUUGGGAGUAUAUCAUGACACCUCUAAGAAUCUCGUGAGAACCAAAGAGCAACUCGCAGAAGCUAUGCAAGCCAAUCAAAGACUUGAGAGAGAACUGAAGGCUCUUAAGUCUAAUGGAACUAUGGGUGGUUCCGCCCACGGUUCGGAAGAGAUCACCGAGAUUUCCCUUAGACUGGAUGCUGAGAUAUCUAGAAACCAAGAGUUACAGGAAAGCAUUCGUUUGUACAAGAGUCGGUCUGAAGAAUACUACAGCAAAAUCGAGACAGCCGAAACUAUUGUCAUGAAGGCAUCUCGUGCUGAGCAGUUUGCCAAAAGCCAAUGCCGGGAAGCUGAAGAGUCUCUGACAGUUGCUAAACAGGAAUGCAGACAAGCAGAGAAAGUUAUCAUGGAUCUCCAAGCUAAACUCCAGAAACUCGAGGGUGAGCUAGAAGACAAGACUAUCGAUCUCAACCAUAGCAAAGAGAUCCAGCAACGCCUUUCCAAAGAGGUCGAAGAUUUCAACAACCGAUGGUCUUCAGAAAUGAGCCUAUCCCACUCUUCCAUUGAGGCUAUGAGAAAGAGAUAUAACGACGAAAUUCGUUCCCUUUCAGAAGAGCUUGAAAACCAAAAGCAAUCUUAUUCUGAGUUACAUGGUACUCGUCGCCAACUUGAGAGACAGAUUGAGGAACUCAAGAAGAAGGAGACAUGGCAGACUGAAAAAGCGGAUCUUGAAGCGCAACUUUCCGAACUGCAAAAGUCUAAUGAAGAUUCAACCUUGGCAUACCAAGACUCACAGAAGAGAAUUGGUUCCCUACUUUCGCAAGUGCGGACUUUGCGAAACACCAUGAAUGACAUCACUGCCGACAGAGAUCAACUGCAAAAGGACAAGCGCACAUUGGAAACUCGAUUGACCGAAAUUUCUAAAGAAUUUGAAGAUCUCGCAUCAUCUAACUUGGGCCGAAGUGGGACCAUUCGAGGAGUUCCAUCAAGUGACUUGAAAGAUCCGGAUUCGGAGAUUGCAGAACUGCGCCAGGAGCUCCGGAAACAGUCAGAGGCAUCGUCGAUAAUCUUAGAGCGACUACGUGAUUCGAAAGCACAGUUAGAUGAAGACCGGAAAGCUAUUGAACAAGAGCGUAAACUCAACGAGGAGUUGCAACAGCGACUCGCAUUGACUGACAAAGAAAAGAAACAACUACAUUUACAAUUACUAGAGAUGGAAGCACAAUCUCUUAGAAUAAAUUCAGCAGACGAGUCUAAAUUCUUGAGACAAAAAGUCACAGAGUUGGAACACCAAUUACAAGAGAAAGAGCGUCGCCAUGCGGAUGACCUUCGCUCUUCUAGAUACAAUGAUAGAUCUGUUCGCGACUUGUACACUCAGAUCAGUCAAAAAGAUAAACUAGUACAGAAGUUACAAGAAGAGAACGAUAUGAAUGAGGAUAGAAUAAAGAAACUCAAGAAUACCCUGGAAAUGCUUCAAGGGGAAGAGUCUACACAGCGACUAGCCGCCAAGAGAGCAGAAAGAGAGGCGAGAGAUGCCAAAGAGAGCUCACUACGACUUGAAAAGGAGCUAGAGGGCUGGAAGAGCAGGUUUGAGAGCCUGACUUCAAACCGCCUAUCCAGAAGCGAAUACGGUGGUAGGUCAUUUGUAUAA